GAAAGGUCAACUCAAAGAGAAAGAGAGAGAGACAGAGAGAGAGAGAGAGAGAGAGAGAAAGAGAGAGAGAGAGAAUUCUAACAUCGUCUUAGUGUAGUUGCAGAGAGACGCGUGACAGCUUGCAGAUGCCGACAGAUGUGCCCCAAGACGAACUCAAGAUCGAGGAGGACCCCCUCAAGUGUGACCCCAUGACCCUAUCCAGCACGCCGACCAUCCGGCGAGGCAGCACCCCGCUGCCCAUCAAGCACCAGCUCAGGCGGGAAGAGGCCGUGCACGACGACUGCGACUGGUCCUCGGAAGCCGCCUGCGGAGCCUCCGCCUCGCCGCCCAUCCGCUUCAGCCUGGCCCCGGAUGACGCAGCACCAUCGGCGGAGGAGGCGGAUGCGGAGGGAAGGCCCGACGGCGGCCCCCUGAGAAUAGCCCUCCUUGGACAGAACGGCGUGGGGAAGUCAUCGCUGGCCUUCGCCCUAGCGGGGGACGGAGACAGGACGGCGUCGGUGGAUUCUGACGGAGAGGGUCACGUGAGCGUCGUCACCGUGGACGACGAGGAGAGCACCAUUUUCAUCUAUGACAACUGGAGACACGACCUGUCGGCGUUGCGCUGCGAAGCGUGCGUGUUGGUGUUCUCGGUGACCGAUCGGCGCAGUUUCCACCGUACGGCGCAGCUUCGCCUCCUCCUGCGAGAGACCCAGCCGCAGACUCCCAUCAUCCUGGUGGGCAACAAAAGCGACCUGGUUCGAUCCCGAGAGGUCACCUCUCAAGAGGCCAUGUCCAGCGCGGCCCUCUUCAACUGCCUCUAUCUGGAGAUUUCGGCCUCUCUGGACCACCGCACCCCAGAGCUACUUGAGUGCGUCGUGCGGCUAGCCCGGGGUCAGCCCCCGUGGCCCCCGGGGACGAGCCCGGAGGACAUGAUUGCCGGGGGCCAGCGGGAGAGCAUCACCUCACGAGCCAAGCGCUUUCUGUCCAGCCUGGUUCCGCGGUACCAACGCGAACGUGGGGACUCCGGCCGCUUCCUGCGGCAGAAAUCGCGUUCCUGUCACGACCUGGGGGCCCUGUGAUGAGGAAUGACGCAGAAAUUUGCGCGGGACACUUUUGGAGUUGGGGUUGGCCUCAGCUGGGCAGGUAACGUGCGGUCAAUAUAAUAAGUCCACAGAUACUUUUCCAAAUGCCAGAUUUUUGGGAGAUACCGUAGAAAAAUGAGCCCAAGAAAAGUCACGUGACAUAUAACCUGUACAACUGCACUGAAAAAUGGGGAACGGAAUUCCUUUAAGAGAGGGGAAAUAAACAUAAACAAGUGAGGUAGCGUGUUUGCAUAAGUGUGCACACCCUCUUGGAACCGGGGAUGUGGCUGCGUUCAGAAUUAAACAAAUUAAUGCAACGUAACCUCCAGAGGUGACUAUAAAAAGUCGACACACCCCUCCUCAAAUGCGAUGUAAAAUAAAGAAUGACACCAUUAUUGCGACCUACUUGUCUAACUCGAUUAAAGAAAAAUUCUAUUAGCUGAGCUAAUAACAAAAUGAACUGAGAUACAUUGCUGGCACACCCCAGCACACAAUUUUUGAAAUGUUUCUAUCUUAGUCUAUUUUUUUUUAAUAUCACAUAAACCUAACAUUUGAAGAGGGGUGUGUAGACUUUUUUUAUUCACUGUAGAUGUACGGCAAAGAGUGUAUCGGGAUGUCAAAAAUCAGGACUUGCUAUCAUGGUUUUAAGUUUUGGUUUGGUUCACAUUUGGUAGAAUGGAAUGGAGGAAAAUACAAAAACAAAUAUCCGUAUGAUUUGUGUAUACAUGAAUGAAUUAAUACCAUUUAAAAUAAAACGGCAACGGCUAAAAUCUUUA